AUCGCUAGAGUGAACACUAGUGUAUUUGCAAACUGAGUGAACAAAUCCUAGCUAUUGUUUACACACGUGUAUGACUAGGAUUUCAUCAUCAAAUCGUAAAAUACACAAGUGUAUUUCUUCAUCAAAUCUUGUCCAUUGAUUUACAAACGUGUAUGGCCAGGAUUAGUUCGCUCAGUUCGCAAAUACAAUAGUGUUCACUCUUAAACCUAAUCAUUAAGAUAACUUAAAAGUUCCGUUCAGAUCCCUAUUUAAAAGUAAAUAAAAAAUACACCCAUCGUUCGAAAGCUAAAAAAAACACCAAAAAGGAAGCAAAAAACAACAGUAAAAUUCGUUCAGUAAAAUUCGUUUUAACCUCUUGUUUGGGCGUAAGAAAUUUCACUUUUUUUUUUCUUUCUUUUUCCCUAUUUAUUUUCAUAUUAAAUAAAUUUCCUCAUAUCAUGAGUUCCUGCACUUCCAUAUUGCAAAAGCAGAAACCAUAACAAUCAACCAACAUUUCAAUACCUGUCAAAUGGAAACAAACACGACACCGAUGGACGACCAAGAACCUGUCGUAAGCGAGAAUGAUCGCGCUUCGCUUAUUAAGGUGAAGCGCCAUGAGAUGGAACAGAUGAAAGAAAGAUUUGCUAAGCUUCUUUUAGGCGAAGAUAACUCCGGUGGUGGCAAAGGCGUUUCAUCGGCUUUGGCCUUAUCAAAUGCCAUUACAAAUCUUGCUGCUUCUGCAUUUGGAGAGCAACAUAAACUUGCUCCAAUGCCAGAAGACAGGAAAAGAAGAUGGAGAAGAGAAGUCGGUUGGCUUCUUUCGGUUACUGAUUACAUCGUUGAAUUCGUCGCCUCGCAACAAACAUCCAAAGGCGGUUCAAAUAUGGAGGUUAUGAUGACAAAACAAAGAACCGAUUUGAGGAUGAACAUCCCGGCUUUAAAGAAGCUAGACGCGAUGCUCAUUGGUUGUCUAGACAACUUCAAGGGUCAGAAUCAAUUCUGGUAUGUAUCUAAAGACGCGAAUGAAUCAGAAAAAGGCGUCCAAAGAAGCGAUAAAUGGUGGUUACCGACGGUUAAAGUUCCACCAGAAGGGCUCUCUGAAGAAUCAAGAAAAUGGAUGCAGUAUCAAAAGGAUUGUGUUAAUCAAGUUUUGAAAGCUUCCAUGGCUAUAAAUGCAGAAAUACUUGCGGAAAUGGAGAUCCCUGAAGAUUAUAUCGACGAUCUCCCUAAGAAUGGAAGAGAAAGCCUUGGAGAAACAAUCUACAAGAAUAUUACAGUUGACUCGUUUGACCCGGGGCAGUUUCUAUCAACAAUGGAUCUCUCAACAGAGCUAACUGUUCUUGAUCUUAAGAACAAGAUAGAAGCAUCUAUAGUUAUUUGGAAAAGAAAAAUGAAUCAAAAGGAUACGAAAUCCGCUUGGAGUUCAUCUAUUAUAAGUUCGGAGAAAAGAGAGCUUUUUGAAGACAGAGCGGAAACUAUUUUACUUCUCUUAAAACAACAGUUCCCGGGGCUUCCACAAUCGACACUAGAAAUUAGCAAAAUCGAGUCUAACAAAAAUGUUGGGCAUGCUAUCUUGGAGAGCUAUUCAAGGGUAUUGGAGAGUUUAGCGAACACAGUGAUGAACCGCAUCGAGGAUGUACUCUAUGCGGAUAAGGUGGCACAAGAUCCGUCAUUGCUAGCAAAGAAGAGGACGGCAUCAUCACGAGUUGUGGUGGAUGAAUCUAAUGGUCAAGUAACGGGUCAAACACCUACAGGAUCACCUAAGACACUAUCGGAUUUUAUGGGGUGGAGCGUUGAACAAGAAACAACAAGCGGCGCCUCUAGCCCUCAAGUAGAGGAUAAAGAGACCGAAAAGUAUCAAAGCAAAUCAGCUAACAUUUUGGCAAGAAAAAUAUGGAGAAAUUAGAGGCGCUUAUAAACUAAGAAGCCCAAUAACCCGCCAUUAAUGGGAAAUUAGAACUAGGAUUAGUAUAGAUAAUAUUGUACAUAGUUUUCUAAAUAUAAGUCGAAUAUAAACAUGCCGCGCU